UUUACCCGAUUACAUCCACGCAGGUUUAAAAUUCAUUUAUUAAGAAUGUACCAAAAUAGGAGCCAUGGGGUUUAAUAUUUCUAUUGUUAAAAUCAUUCUCUUAUAAACUGCAUUGAGUUAAAAUCGGGGUGUAGUUAGCAGGUAUUUUGGGCUCAAAAAAAUUGUUGGCCCAUUUAUCUUAUCAUAAGGUUUUUUUAUUUUUUUUCUUUUUGGAUAUUCUACUACAAUUUGUUUUGCACCAUUUUAUUUAACUUAACUUUCUUAUUAGGAUUAUUAUUAUUAUUAUUAACUAGUACUAUUAAUUUUAAUAUUAUUAUCAGGAUUAUCAUUACUAUUUUUCAAUUAUUGGUAUUAAUAAUAUAAUUAGUUAGUUAAUUAGACAUUAGGCCCAUUGGAUGUGGAAAACCCUAAUUUUAAACAUUAUAAAAGAAGGCCAAAAAUAUUUUCCGGGGGAACCCGGGUUCACAGUCUCACAUUGACAAAAUUCUUAUUCUCUCUCAACACAAUUUCCCACUGUAAAGUCUAUGCCUAAACCAAACACCAUAAAACCAUUGAUUUCUUGUGGCAAAAAGAAUAUGCAACAUGUUCAUUGAAACUCAAUAUCAAAAAUACCGAAGCCGCUCCAAAUCCGGCGUCGUUUGCUCCAACGGACACAACUCAAAGAAUCAACACAAACUCCGAGUACGUGACCUUCUUCUCCGACCAUUGACAUCGCCGGAAUCACGCCCCACUUUCCGUCGUCGAUCCAUCGUUUUGGCACGGUAUUAGCAAGGAACCAUUGGGAAGGAUAACCUAACAUCCCGACCAUACUAUCAAACAAGAUUUCAGCAGAAGAAAUCAAUGGAUCAGUUGGAACAGAAUCAAGCCGCCCUUCGUGAGGAAGUGGAUCAACUGAAGGUUAGCAUGGAAGAAGUUAAAGGAGGUAUGACUCAGAUGCUAGAAUUCAUGAAGGCCCUCCUAGACAAACAAGACAAGGCAAAAGAGGUUCAGUCUGGGGAUACCCUGGUUCAGGAUGAGAUCCCUAACGACAAAAACCCGCUGCUAGGAUUUGUUUCAGGCUUCGGCCCGGAUAAGGACAAAUCUCAGGCCCGAUCUGUCAGAAGGGCUAUCCAAUUCCAAGAGAAAGGAGAGGCCUCCCAAGAAGGAUUUGUCCCCACUCCACAAACAAAAGGGACAACCCGCACAGUGCGCAUUCCUGCUAGCAAUGUCCCUAAGGACGAUGAUUACCUGGAUCUACAAUACGGAGUGCAAGAGGUGGACAACUCAGACCAAGUACCUCAAACACAACAGUCUAUUCCUAACUCUAGGGAAGACUCCAAGGGUAGUGAACAAAUCAAGGCACUGGAGGAGAGACUAAAAGUGAUAGAAGGAUACGAUGUCUUUGAUGUGGAUGCCUUCGAAAUGAGUUUGGUCUCAGACUUCACUAUCCCUCGCAAAUUCAAGAUUCCCGACUUCGAGAAAUACAAAGGACUCACAUGUCCGAGGAAUCACUUGCGCAUGUAUGUGCGGAAAAUGGCUGCUUACGCCCGCGAUCAAAAGCUAAUGAUACAUUUCUUUCAAGAAAGUUUAAGCGGAGCGUCUAUUGACUGGUACAUGCAAUUAGAGAAGUCCUCUGUCCGAAGCUGGAAUGAUCUGGCCAACACCUUCUUAAAGCAUUACAAGUACAACCUGGACAUGGCACCCGAUCGGAUGCAAUUACAAAAUAUGUCACAGAAGAAGGAUGAAUCAUUCAAGGAGUAUGCCCAAAGGUGGAGGGAGAUGGCUUCUCGAGUCCAACCUCCCCUAAUGGACAAAGAACUGGUGGACAUAUUUAUGAGCACUUUGCAAGGACCAUACUACGACAAGAUGGUCGGAAGCAUAUCUUCAGGGUUCUCGAACUUGGUAGUCAUUGGUGAGAGAAUUGAAGAUGGAAUCAAAAAUGGGAAGAUACAAGGGGCACCCUCAGGUUCCUAUCAAGCAAAGAAAUCAUAUGAUGGGAAAAAGGAACCCAACACUGUGGGGGCAAUCCUGGUUAAUCAGACCCCGACACUACAACAAAAACAACAGGGUGGCCAACGCCCCUGGAGGUCCAAGCCAAAACGGUCAUUCACCCCGUUGCACAUGCCACUAUCUCAAGCUCUACAACAUUUGCUCAGUCAGAACUUGGUAACUCUGCUGCCUCCAUACUCAGCUCCGGCUAACCCCGCUCCCGGGUACAAGCAUCAUGCUAGGUGCGCUUAUCAUUCAGAUAGUCCUGGUCAUGAUACAGAGGAUUGUGGGCCAUUGAAGCACAAGAUCCAAGAUUUGAUUGAAGAAGGGCUCAUUGAGUUUGAAGAUCCUAGCAAGUCUAACACCAUAGGUGGCUAGAAGGAGGAUUUCUUAGAUCAUUAGUCUUGUUUCCAUUUGCAAUUUCUUUCCGUUUGUUUAAACAUUAGUCUUAUGACAUAUGCUAUGUACUUUUCAAAAAAUCAUUAAUGCAUUGCUUACGUUUGUCUUGAUUCAUUCCUAGUGUUCUCACUAUAUUUAAAAACUGUGUUUUUACUCGAUUUUCUCAUUUGUGAUAUUCAACUCUAGUGGAAAGUUUUACACCUUUUGAGGGAGAAUGACGAAAACGAUACCACAAUUUCAUACACUACGCUUUCGAACAGACCGUGUUGACGAUGUACAGGCAUUUGUUCAAUCCCUAAAAUAAUGGAGAUAUAAGGAUGUUAAUCCCUCGUCAACCCCUUUGAGCCUAAAGAAGUAGGAGUUUUCCUUCAUAUAAAAUAAAACCCUUCAUAUAUAACCGGGGGUAGGGUAGUUGCUCAGAUAACUUAAUUAUUCCAAACUGUUCCUUUGAACAUAACCACCGAUGGUUCUCCGUCAUGAUUAAGCCUGGCAGUCAAUAUCCGCAAGGAAAAAAGAGAAGGCAAUGCAAAAGUCCACUAAGUCAAAACCUAUUAAGGAGACUUAGGCAAAAUUGGGGCAUCCCGCUGACUGUAGUUUUAAAACGAACAGUUCAGGCAAAAGUUGGGGAUAACAAAGUCAAAAAAAGGUUACUAUGAACCUCCGACAAAAAGGAAAUACUACAAAAAAAGGAGAAUGACUGCCUUUGCAGAUAAACCUUUGGUUUUUGAACCAUCAUAAAUGUCAAUGUCACAAUUCCCAAAUUCUUUUGGAGACUAAACGCAUAGCUAACUGAGCAUAUGACUGAAGAACAUCACGAAGAUUGGGAUGGGUACAAACAAACUUUGAGCUUCUAUCUUUUGUUUCUUUAAACCGUGAACCAGGCCACGUUACAACCUUUAAAAGUCCUAACUGAAGCAUGGUUAGUUCGAAAGCAUGGCGUUACUAAAGGUAUCCCGACUCCUUAAGGUCUACUAUAACUCUUGAGUUGAUAUCACUUUCUUACAAAAAAAACUUUGUUUUACUCAAAAAAAAUGUUUUCAAACUUUCAAGACAGACGUAUGCAUUUGCAUUUCAUUAUAAAGUACACUUGUCUAUAUAGAUUUAAAUGUUAACAUCAGGGAGAAGUUGCAUGAGGCAUGGUUAAUGUCUAAAAAUCCUACUGACUGACGAAGUAGCUUUAAAAACUCGUCAAAAGAAGAAACAUCCCUUACGCAUGACUGGGAUGGCCAAUGUGUACACGGGGCAUAACCCGUCAUUAUCUCAUUUACAUGGGGCAAUCUAAUCAAGAUCCAUAGAAUCUCUCAAAGACGCUGAAUAGCCCAUGGGGCAAGCCCAUUACCUGGGGGCAUGUUGCAAAGGUCACUCAUUAUCAGAUGGCAUUAAUACCAGUCUCACAUCCUUUCCAGGAACCUUUAUAGGAUACUUCUCAAUCUGUCCAUAUAGUCUUCUUUAAGACAUGUUCAAAUACUUCUCACCCUUUUUAGGAGCCUUUUUCAGACAGUCUUUUAAAGACCCACCUUCUUAUCCUUUCUAUUUUCAAACCCUUUCAAACAGUCUUCUCUAAGACAUAUUCCUUUCCAAGAACCUUUUCUAGGUAGUCUUCUGUAAGACAUCUCUUAAUUUUUUUAGUCUUUUAAGACAUAUUCAAACUUCUCUUAUGCUUUCAAGAACCUUGUCAAACUUUGUUUAAAGUACAGAGUCUUCUCUAAGACAGUUCACCAUCCUUUUUAGGGUGAUCUUCUUCAAGAUAUCUUUUCCUAAGUUUUGUUUAAAACGCCACAAAAAAAAACAAGUCUCUGUCCUCUAUAGGAAUAUUUUGACCCUCUGCACAAACACAUCCCUUUGAGCUUUGUUUAAAGCGCAAUCUUGUUUAAGACAAUUUCCCAUUCUUUCCAAGGACCUCUUCAGGUAAUCUUAUAGAAGACAUCAUCUCACUCUGAGUUCUCAGCAAGUCACUGCCCGUCAGGAUGCGGCCUAAACGCAUGACUCAUUCUGAAAAGCAUCUGCUUCGCAUUCAAAUCAACAUUUAGCAUCAAGGAGACCUCAAAAUUGGUCUAAUCAAAGACGAUCAUUCCUGAUAAAGACUCUUGAAUGGGGAAACCACAUCCAAAGGGUUUUCCUAAAAUAGGGGCAUACAAUCAAGGAUCCUAUUAACUAGGGGCAUAUCUUUCAAGAAUUUGAACACUAGGGCAAUGCAUAUCAGGCAAGACAUGGUGAAACUCGGGUUCUCCCUAAAGGUCCUUCCUUCAGAUUAAAGGGCACGUCUCUCAAAAUUUCUGAUAAUCGGGGAGUCACACUAGUAUCAUGCAAGGAGCAUUGUUGCAUAAUUGAUCUUCCCACGCCUAUACUAUUUACAUCCCGCAAUGUGGGAUCGGCAUACAUGCACAAUUCUCAUUUAUUUUGAGAAUCUCAUUACAUGACACAUGCAUCAUGACAUUGCAUAAAACUAAUGCUGCCUUUUCAGGUCACUUCAUAAUCAAAAGGAUGUUAUCAUCCAAUUACAGUGCAAACAUGAUCGUAUCAACGAUUCAAUCUUAACAUAUACAAUUCUAAUACCUCAUUCCAAGUCUUUCUUCAAAGACAAUCCAGAAGCAAUCAAAGAAUUUCUUACCUCUCCAGGUAGUCUUGUCCAAGACAAUUAUCCUAACCUUUCCAAGCAGUCUUGUGUAAGACGUAUCCUGACCUUUUCUAGGUAGUUUUGUUUAAAACGUCCCACGACCUUUAUAGGAACCUUUCUAGGUAGUUUUGUUUAAAACGUUUCAUGUCCUUUAUAGGAACCUUUCUAGGUAGUUUUGUUUAAAACGUCUU